AUGUCUUCCUCCAAAGCAAAGUCCGGGUCACCCGAGUAUACGUUCAUUUCGCGACACGACGAUGGAAGCGAGGACUCCACCACAAGUCUUGAGGCGCGCUCCUCCUCUGAAGACGAACACUCUGUCCCUUUGCUGGAAUAUUCAGGAAACCCUCAUUCACUCUCGUCAUCAAAGCCCUCUCAACUACCCAAGCUCAUUUUGUACUUCUCCUUCGCUCUAGCGCUGCUAUCAGCAGUGAAUGUCGCACUCCUCCCCGCCACAUUAUCAAAGUACCAAGCCUACCCAUUAUCCGACUCCGAGAUCAAGGCGCUACCGAAUGGCGACACAAGGCUGGGAAUAGACAGGGCAGAGAAAAUGAUUCCACCUCCCCAAAUCUACCAUCACGCUUGGCCGGACAGAGUUGUGCGGGUGGGCCGGAAGCUGAAGAAUGCCGUUUGGGGUCAUGGCGUGCAAGUAUAUAUCACUGUAGAGGACUCGACAAUCAUGCGCUUCCCUAUCCCAAUUAGAGGCGCCAACGCCUGUGCGCUCUCUUGGCAACCUCCUCCUGAGUUCUCUGCACGUGACAAAGACCUCACUAUCAAGGGAGACAUAACGGAGAUCGAAGUCUGGCAGCUCAUUGCGCCCUCGGCGACUUCCGCUACUGCACCGUCUAUGGACGAGCUCGACUAUGACACCUUGUCGUACUCAUCUCUUCCUGUGCGCGGAGAGCUACUGGGCGUGCUAGAUCUUACAGCGAAGCCGAAUAGUACAACAGUGGAGUUCGCCUGUCCCAGCAAAGCGGACAAUCUGGUAGUGGAGUUGAAGUGCCAACGUGUGGCGUGUCAUGUGAGCUUCAAGCAGAUUGAAAUGGUGCCGAGGUUUGGGUUUGAGCUAGUAAGGAGGAGGGAGUGA